AUGGGAUGGAUAGGAAUCUAUCCAUAUCACCCCACAACAAGAAAUGAAGAUUACAUCAUUUGUACACCAAUGAGAAUGAAUUAUCCAAUAGAAAUGAAUAUAACAGAACUUAAAAGAGGAAUUUAUGAAUGUCGUUAUUUUAGCAAAGAAUCAGGAGAUGGAAUAUUUAGUAAAAGUUAUCAUUGUUCAGGUUCAAAAAUAUUAAACAUAGACUAA